GAUGGACGGGGAAGAAUCAAUAAAACACGCAUAAUGAUGUUUGCUAGAGGGAGCAAGCGGCUUGCUUCACAACGCUUCUUGCCGUCCAAAAUCCCGCGAUGCCCUGCCCCACGAUUAUGUCCCUACUCUACUGCCCGACCUCAGGAACCAUCGAAGGAAUCUGUGGUGGCACGACGAUAUAGUCCUUACAUUGUCGUUGCAGGAGUGACUACAGCUAUAUCCUUAGGAUAUUACUACACUAGGGAUAGACCGGAAAGUGUUGGAGAAACCUCGGAGUAUCAACACCCAGAGCUCAUUGUUCAGGAGGCCAAAACCCGCAAGAAUUUAUCAACAGAAGAAAACCGGGAAUCACUAAGUCCGCAGCAUGUCCAGGUGAAGAGAAGUUGGGAGCGGCCGGGACUGUAUGCAUGGGGGUCUAAUACGGGGUUGGUUACAAACCCGGACUCGAAUGAAUUCGUUGUCAAGACUCCAAGGAGAAUAUCAUACUUCGAUGGCAUGGUUCUUCGCGAUGUCAAACUUGACCAGAAUUUUGGUGCCGCUAUUACAGAAAACGGGGAUUUGAUUCAAUGGGGAAAAGGCUAUUCGAAAACAGAUUACAAACCAACGAAGACGCUCAAGGGGAAAAACCUAGUAUCACUUUGUAUUUCGGCGGACAGGAUCAUUGCGCUAUCCUCUGGAGGGAAUGUUUAUUCCCUCCCUGUAUCAAAAUCAGAUCAAGAGAAUGGGUGGAAACCUUUCGAAAGCUCCUGGAUUCCAUUCUGGCGAAACCGAGCUCAAUUGAGUUACCGCCCUCUGCAUCCACAGCUUGGGUUGGGUGAAAAGGUUACAGCGAUCAGUAGCGGCCUUGAACAUUUGCUUUUAUUAACAACUUCUGGCCGUGUAUUUUCUGCUGCUGUUAGCUCGGAACAUUUUCCUUCCCGUGGUCAACUGGGUGUUCCGGGCCUGACGUGGAGCAGUCGGCCAAAAGAACCAUAUGACUCGUGUCAUGAAGUUAGAGAGCUGCGCGGGAUCCAUAUCACAAAUAUCGCGGCUGGAGAUUAUCAUUCCCUUGCUCUUGAUAAAACUGGACGGGUAUUCGUAUUCGGCGACAAUAGUUCGGGCCAGCUCGGACUAGACACCAAUGUCAAUAUUCCAUUCAUUGAUACGCCACAUAUUCUUCCGCUCGCCAGUCUUUAUCCUGCUGAUGGCUGUGAGGUAAAUACAUCAAGUAUUGCCGCUGGAGGCGCAAAUAGUUUUUUUACCGUCAAUGCAAAAAGGGUACUUGGCCCAAUGGAGAUUCCGGCCACGGUAAGGGACCUAGGCCGACUCACUACAGAUGUUUGGAGCUGCGGAAAAGGGUUGUUCGGUGUCCUUGGGACCGGGAAGUGGACUCAUGUCCAAAGCACGCCGACAAAAAUCAAGGCUCUUAGUGGUUUAUUUGAAUAUAGUGACGCUGCAAAGAAAGUUGUUCCCAUUGGUAUAAGCCAUAUUUCGGUAGGCGCAACCCAUGCUGCGGCUGUUUUGAGCAACUUUACCAAUGUUUCAGCAUCGAAUGGCGGCUCCCAGACAGAUACGAAUUGGGGUGCAGACGUUUUCUGGUGGGGAGGAAAUGAAUUCUACCAAUUAGGCACCGGGAAAAGAAACAAUAUUGCCUCCCCAACGCACAUCCACCCUCCUGCUGACGUUAUAUCCCGCGAACGUCAGGGUGAGGACAGUCGAUUUCAAAUUACCCCUCGCCGAACUGUUAAAUUGGACGGGAGAAAAGUGAGCCUGGAGCAGCGGGUUGAGUGUGGGCGCAAUGUCACUGCUGUAUCCGAAUCAUACAUAAAUUUUACAAUGCCGCGGGAGAGGCAAAAACGAGGCCGGAGGGCGGAGGCCAAACGAAAGCGUGGCGAUGAAGCUGGAGAUCACAAGUCGCCGAAACGACAGAAAGCCUCGGACGGUUACAACGACUCCAAUCCUCCAUAUAACCAAGCAAAAAUUGGAGAUGACUAUAUCCCACUCGAGGAGGGGCCAGCGAGCUCCAUGGAUGCGCCCUUCUACGGCCUACUCGACGCAGAAGAACAGGAAUAUUUCUCUCGCGUAGGUGGGCUCCUUGAACUUAACCAGUUCGAGACAGAGGAAGAGAAAGAUAUCUUCAUAGAACGAGUUUAUGAAGAAGCCGACGGGAAGGAGUUGAAAAUCGCCUGCAGCCAGUCAUGUUCGAGGUUAAUGGAAAGAUUAAUUUCAGCCUCUACUGUUAGUCAGAUUAAACGGCUCUUUAGCAAAUUCGUCGGCCACUUCCUCAACCUCGCCCAACAUCGAUUCGCAAGCCAUUGUUGCGAAUGCUUGUUCCUUCGCGCCGCACCGCAUGUGGCAGUGGAAACGAGGAGAAAAUCCACAGAGAAUGAUGACAAUGAUGAUGAGAAUUCAAACGCGAACGUACGACUGGAGGAUCUGUUCUUGACAGCAAUUUCUGAGCUAGAAGGAAACUGGGGCUAUUUGCUGACAGAUAGGUUCGCAUCGCAUACGAUAAGAGUGCUUCUGUUGAUACUAGCCGGCGAGCAACUGGACAGCCCGUCUAAAUCAAACGUCAUCGCGAGUCGCAAAAAGGAGAAAUUAGAUAAAGCGAAAGUGGUCGCUCAACCAGAUAGAUCAGGGCGAGAAAGGCGAGCUGUUCCACCCUCAUUCAAUGCUGCCUUGGAGAAAAUGGUGAAGGAUUUGAUUGCUGGCCUCGAUAAUACAUAUCUACGGGCACUGGCGACGCACCCUGUUGGAAAUCCUGUGCUGCAAGUGUUGCUCUCAAUCGAGCUAACUCAUCUUGGAAAGUCAAAAGCAAAGGAUCCCGACUCGAUUUUUCGGAGGCUUGUGCCGGAUGAGAAUCUGGAGGAAGGUAGUGAGAGUGCAGGGUUCAUAAAGGGCCUCUUUUAUGACCCCGUUGGUUCGCGGUUAUUGGAAACAAUCGUGCGAUACGCUCCAGGAAAAUUUUUCAAGACUUUCUACAAAGCCAUUGUGCUGGAACGCAUUGGAUCGCUAUCUAGGAACGAAAUUGCAGGACAUGUAGUAGCUCGGAUUUUGGAAAGAUUGAGUAAAGAAGAUCUGAAGAGCGCCAUGGACUUGAUUUUGCUAGAAGUUCCAUCUUUAGUGGAACGUUCAAGGCUUACUGUCAUUAAAGCCCUGAUUGAACGAAGUGUUGUCCGUGGUGUAGAUCUAGCUCCACUCGCGGACACACUUUCGUCAUCCUAUGGCGCAGAUCCUGCUUCAAGGAUCAACAACAUUCUGAAAUUGCAGUACCCUAAGGAAGAAAAUGAUAGCGCUAAUCGACCUUCCAAAGGUUCUUCUCUAGAGCAAUUACAUGGCUCUCUUCUUGCCCAAGCUAUGCUUAAGUCUCCCGGCCCUCUGAGCGAACUGAUACAGGCGAGUCUUAUUGCAAUUACGCCAGAGACCUUAAUGGCAAUUGCUAAGGACCCGAUUGCUUCCCAUGUCCUCCAAGACGCAUUGGCUCUUCCAACCUCUACUGCUCGGUUUCGCCGUCAAAUAACCUCAAGAUUUUCAGGGAAGAUGGUUGAACUCGCGUUGGAUUCGAGCGGAUCGCAUGUUGCUGAUGCGCUGUGGUCGGCCACGGAGGAUUUAAUUUUUGUUAAGCAGCGGUUCGCUGAGGAACUGUUGGCAAAUGAACGAGCUCUUCGAGACUCAUUUGUCGGACGAGCUGUGUGGAGGAAUUGGUCAAUGGAUUUGUAUAAGCGGAGAAGAGGCAAUUGGAUUUCAAUGGCUAAAGGGCGGGAACACAACGCUAAGGUGGAACUGAGUAAAUCCGAUCAUCGACAAUGCCUGAAAUCAAAUAUCGAUCAGGCGAGAGCUCGAUUUGCUGCAAAGGCAGAUGGACCAGAAGCAUCAGCAAACAGCAGCAUGCCGAGAAAGGCGUCUGCUUCCACAGCCUGA